AUGACCAGUACUAGUACCAACCCAGAAGAAGAUCAAUAUCUACAGUUAUGUAGAAGGAUUAUCGAAGAAGGCGAAUCAAGACCAGAUAGAACAGGAACUGGGACUCUAUCGCUUUUUGCCCCACCUCAACUCAGGUUUGAUCUUUCUAAUGAUACUUUCCCUCUACUGACUACUAAACGUGUUUUUACAAAAGGUAUUAUAUUAGAGUUAUUAUGGUUUAUUAAUGGUUGUACGGAUGGUAAAAAAUUAUCUGAUAAAGGUGUUAAAAUUUGGGAAGGAAAUGGAUCUCGUGAGUAUUUAGAUAGUCUAGGGUUGACUGAUCGUCGUGAAGGUGAUCUAGGCCCUGUUUAUGGAUUCCAAUGGCGUCAUUUUGGUGCUGAGUAUAAAACAUGUGACGACGAUUAUUCCAACAAAGGUGUUGACCAAUUGGCAGAAAUCAUCGACAAGAUUAAAAAUAAACCUUAUGAUCGCCGUAUCAUUCUAAGUGCAUGGAAUCCACCAGAUUUUCCUCAGAUGGCUUUGCCGCCAUGUCACGUAUUAGCUCAAUUUUAUGUUAGUUUUCCAACCAACUCAAAGAAGCCACGUUUAUCUUGCCAAUUAUACCAACGUUCAUGUGAUAUGGGCCUUGGUGUUCCAUUUAAUAUUGCUUCUUAUGCAUUAUUAACCAAAAUGCUGGCUCAUGUAUGUGAUAUGGAAGCUGGAGAAUUUAUACAUACUAUGGGUGAUGCUCAUGUUUAUAAAGAUCACAUUUCUGCUCUUGAAGAACAAAUAGCAAGAGAGCCAAAGAAAUUUCCAAAGUUAAGAAUAACACGAGAUGUAAAAGAUCUUGAUGACUUCAAAUAUGAAGAUUUUGUCAUCGAAGAUUAUCAUCCUCAUGCCAAAAUUCAAAUGAAAAUGAGUGUAUAA